CUUGCCUGAAGCGUCGUUGUGAGGUUUUUACAACCAUUGACAUGUUAAUAAUUUUUGGCAACAAUAAAUCGGCGAAUUUAUUAUAAUGAUUUACGUUUGAUUGUGUAUAUAGAUACUGUUGAAGAUGAGCGAUUAUUUUGAAGACUUUGGUUGGUACUCAAAAAGACAAAUCUCCGUUAAAGCACGUGUUCCAGAUGAUUGUGACACUCUUGAAUUUGGUUGUAACGAUGACAAUAUGAAGCCUGAGGACACAUUUUUUGAUGAUGUGAUUGGGCAUAUUGAAGAUGUGUUAGUGGACCAAGAAUUUCAAGACAUGCAGAAAUCAUUCAUGGAGAAAUAUUGGCAGGAAUUUCAUGAGGGAGAGGAAAACAAACUAUGUUACAUGGAUAUUUUUAAAGAAUAUGGAGACUUGAUUGAAAAUCAUAUCGAGAACUAUUUGGCCAACAGGAUACCACAUUUUUCCAUGCAAAAUUUUAUUGAAGAAUUGCAGAGACGAAAGUGCAACCUGGAUGGGGAAGUGUUUGAAGUAUUGUAUACCUUUACAGAUUUCAGUGCAUUUAAGGAAAUGUUCUUAGAUUAUAAGGCAGUUAAAGAAGGAACUGUGGAAAAUUUGUUAGUGACUGCAUAUGACUUGCCUUCUGCAUGAGACUGAAUUUAUUCGCACUACGUAAAUUUUUCUUUCGAAUCAUGAAUUUUGUUCCAAACAUAAUACUUUUUGAGAAAUAUUUUGUCAGGUAGUAUGUACCAGUGCACUAUAGACAAAUAAAAUUCUUAUUGAAACCUGUGUAAAAUA